AUGGGAUCUCUUGGACCGUACCAGCGCAAGCACAAGAUCACGGUGGUGGGUUCCGGCAAUUGGGGUUGUGCCAUCGCCAAAAUUGUCGCCGAAAAUGCCGCCAGCAACUCAGACAUCUUCGAGAAGAAGGUAGAGAUGUGGGUGUUCGAGGAGACCGUUGAGAUCCCCAAGGAUUCGCCCAACUACGACCCCGCCAACCCGGGUCCGGAGAAGCUGACCCAUGUGAUCAACCGUGUCCACGAGAACGUUAAAUACCUGCCGGGCAUCAAGCUCCCGGCCAACCUACACGCCAACCCGUCCCUGGAGGAUGCGGUGAAGGACAGCACCAUCCUCGUCUUCAACCUACCUCACCAGUUUAUUGUGAAGACUUGCGAAUCCAUUAAGGGCAAGAUCUUGCCGUAUGCCCGCGGUAUCUCCUGCAUCAAGGGUGUCGAUGUCAACGAACACGGCAUCAACCUGUUCUCCGAGACCAUUGGCAAGACCCUCGGCAUCUACUGUGGUGCGCUCUCCGGUGCGAACAUCGCGAACGAGGUUGCCAAGGAGAAGUGGUCGGAGACCACCGUCGCUUACGAUCCCCCACACUUGGACUCCAAGGCUCCCUCCCUCCAGCCGUCCCCCUCGGGCUCCCAGGUUGACCUGGUGCAGUUCGAGCACAAGGACGUCUCGGGCAACCUCUCCAACGUCAAGUUGCAAGCGCUGCCGUCGGAAUACCCGCCCAUUGACCACAAUGUCCUCAAGCAAGUCUUCCACCGUCCCUACUUCCACGUUCGGGUGGUGAGUGACGUUGCUGGUGUAUCCAUCAGUGGUGCUCUGAAGAACGUCGUCGCGCUGGCCGCCGGCUUCGUCGAGGGCAUGGGCUGGGGUGACAACGCCAAGGCUGCCGUCAUGCGUGUCGGUCUGAUGGAAAUGGUCCGCUUUGGUGACAAGUUCUUCGGAGCUACCAUUGACCAGCGCACUUUCACCGACGAGAGUGCCGGUGUCGCCGACUUGAUCACCAGCUCGAGCGGUGGUCGCAACUUCCGCUGCGCCAAGCUCAGCGUGGAGCGGAACCAGCCGAUCGAACAGAUCGAGAAGGACGAGCUUAAUGGCCAGUCCCUCCAGGGAACCUUGACCGCUGCAGAGGUGAAUAGCUUCCUCAAGAAUCAGGGCCAGGAGGAGGACUUCCCUCUGUUCACAGCCGUCUACCGUAUCCUGCAAGGCACCAUGCAGGUUGCGGAGAUUCCUUCUUACAUUGAGCGGUAA